GAAGAACAUUAAAUAUGUUAGAUCUCUGGCUUUUAUUUUUGGGUCAAACUUAAAAUAUCUCUGGCUACUUUUGGUCAAUAAAAGCGCCAAUCCCACCUCGCCGGGGGAACUCGGAUUGAAGAGAAGAAAAACAAGCGACUUUCACGCAUUUCCUCCAAAGCCCAUAACCCGAUCACCGGUUUUUUGAAUUCCAUCUGAAAAAAUCUUCAGUUUCUUGGCCUUCAAUAUCAUCUUUAAUUAUUAUCAAACCUCGUGAAUGGAACGAGAUGUAGAUGGUUGUAUGCAAACAGAGCAAUCUCUCCCACCGGCACAGUUCGAUGGCCAAGCCUCGUCUUUGAGCUGCACCCUUUCCUUGGACCACGUUGGGGAAGUCGCUCUUACCUUCAACUCAGAUGGGUUGUCUUGGAAAUUGGUUGAGCCACUGGAUAAUGAUGACUCAACUUGUUUGGGCAUCAAAUCAAAGGUUGCAACCGAGAUCAAAUUUUCUGAUGUGUAUGCUGUUGAGUUGAUCGACUAUGGUUUGAUUCAUGGAUCAAACAUUUCAAAUGCUAGAAAAUGCCUUUCGGGUCACGACUUUGAGAUUUACCGCUUUACAGUGCACGGUUUCCAGAGGUCAAAGACUCUCCCUUCACUUCGGGUCCUGGUUGCAUAUACAUUCGGUCAUAAGGAUCUCCAAACAUGUCAGAUGUGGGUUAAUCAAAUUAAUGCUUCUCUGGCCCUAGAACAGGGGAGACCAAAGAAUCUCCUGGUUUUUGUUCAUCCAAGGAGUGGGAAGGGAAAUGGCUGCAAAACUUGGGAUUCUGUGGCUUCUAUAUUCUCCCGGGCUAAAGUGAAAACAAAGGUGAUUGUGACCCAAAGGGCAGGACACGCAUUUGAUGUGAUGGCAUCUAUAGGCAUCAAGGAACUUAUUUCAUAUGACGGAGUUAUAGCUGUUGGUGGUGAUGGUUUUUUCAAUGAAAUUCUUAAUGGAUUUCUUUUAUCAAGGCAUAAAGCUCCAUACCCACCAACUCCUUCGGGUUUUCUUCAAUCUGCUACAUGUGAUGACAAUUUCUGUGUUCGUGAUCCAAAUGCAACAGUUAUUGGAACUUCUUCUCAGAACAAUGAGCAGCAGUCUCCUCUCCUCCCAAGUACAAGUUAUGAUAGCUUUGGAGUCCCAAAUAUCAAUCAAGAUUCUGAGUUUUCCCUCCCUAAUGAGCAUUUUAGAUUUGGAAUUAUUCCUGCUGGCUCAACUGAUGCCAUUGUGAUGUGCACAACUGGGACUCGAGAUCCUAUAACAUCUACAUUUCACAUUGUCCUUGGAAAAAGGGUGUGCCUUGAUGUAGCCCAAGUUGUAAGGUGGAAAAUAAAAUCUACAUCGAAGGUUGAACCUUUUGUGCGCUAUGCAGCGUCUUUUGCCGGGUAUGGAUUUUAUGGAGAUGUCAUUACUGAGAGUGAAAAAUACCGCUGGAUGGGCCCUAAACGAUAUGAUUAUGCAGGAACAAGGGUGUUUUUGAAGCACAAGUCAUAUCAGGCAGAAAUAGCAUAUUUAGAAGUCAAAUCAGAAGAAGCAAAAUCAAUUCCUGAAAGAGGAAAUUUGGGGGGUCGCAAGCGACCAUUUUGGAGCCCAAAGAAAUCUGAAAAGGUCGUAUGCCGUAUUAACUGCGAAGUCUGUAACACCACCACACCUUGCUCACAUCCAGGAGAAACCAAAUGGUCCAGGUCCAAGGGAAGUUUUCUUAGCAUUGGUGCUGCAGUAAUUGCUUGUAGAAAUGAUAGAGCACCUGAUGGUUUGGUGGUUGAUGCACACCUUUCAGAUGGUUUGAUGCAUCUCAUAUUAAUCAAAGACUGCUCUCAUGCUCUCUAUUUAUGGCAUCUUACCCAGCUUGCAAGGAAAGGAGGAAACCCCUUUGAUUUCAAAUUCGUCGAACAUCACAAGAUCACUGCGUUUACAUUUACUUCUUCCGGCAACGAGAGCGUGUGGAAUUUGGACGGUGAGCUCUUUCAAGCACACCAACUAUCAGCGCAAGUAUUUCGAGGCCUUGUCAGCUUGUUUGCAUCCGGUCCUGAAGUUUGAUACAAGACUAAUGCUUACUCCAGAUAAUCUUCCACUAUGCCUAUAAUGUAUACAACAUUUGUUUAUUUAUUUAUUGAUUCCAUGUUCGAGUUUUGUACCCUAAUAUUAAUUUGGAAGGAAUAAAUCCAAUAUUUGCAUUUUUCAAA